UAAACCGAGUAUCAACUAGUAUAAAUUUUUAUUCAAUAUCACGUUUCGAUUUUAAGAAUGGCUAUUAAGUAUGAUAUGGCUAUCGGCUUGAAUAAAGGUUAUAAAUUGACCAAGAAUGUCCAAAAACCAAGGCCAUCAAGAAGGAAAGGGAUGGUUCAAAAGCGGAAAAAGUUUAUCAAAGAUAUUACUAGAGAGGUAUGUGGGAUGGCCCCAUAUGAAAAGAGAACUAUUGAGUUUUUGAAAAUUUCAAGAGAUAAAAAGGCAUUAAAGUUUUUGAAAAGAAGACUAGGACCUCAUAUAAGAGCUAAAAGGAAACGAGAAGAAUUACAAUCCCUUUUGCAACAAAUGCGAAAGGCACAAAAACAAAAUUAGAAUAAAUAUAUUUUGAAUCAUUUUGGAAUCAAUAUAUGAAUGUUAAUAAAGAUUUAGUAAGAA